AUGAGUGACAAAAACAUUGUCGUCGUAGGAGCGGGUGUUGCUGGCCUGACCACAGCCUUCCUGUUGUCCCAAAAUCCACGAUACAAGGUCACAAUUGCUGCAAAGCAUAUGCCUGGGGACUACGACAUCGAAUAUGCCUCGCCCUGGGCUGGCGCAAAUUAUAUGCCGGUAUCAGCAAAGGGGACGCCGGCAGAAGAGUGGGAUAGGAAUACCUGGCAGCCACUUUUUGACUUGGCAAAGAACCAUCCCGAGGCAGGCGUCCACUUCCAGAGAACAGAGAUCUAUAACCGGAAAAAGGACGUCUCCUCAGCUACGGCUGCGUGGUUUGCUGACCUGGUCAAGCCUGACCCAUGGUUCAGCACUCUUUUCGACGAUUUUCGCGAAAUCCCAAAGUCGGAGCUUCAGCCGGGGAUAGACAACGCCACGUGCUUCACGUCUGUCUGUAUUAACACCGCAAUAUACCUGCCAUGGCUCGUAUCCCAAUGUCUGAAGAAUGGGGCUGUUGUCAAGCGAGCUGUGUUUAAACACAUUGCCGACGCGGCCGACCCUGGCAUCCAUCACUCAGGACGCCCGGCCGAUCUUGUUGUCAACUGUACUGGACUUUCUGCGGCCAAACUCGGUGGUGUUGAAGACAAGACGGUUGUUCCUGCGCGAGGCCAGAUUGUUGUGGUCAGGAACUCAGCGCCCGCAAUGUAUGGAACGUCCGGAACCGAUGACGGCCCAGAUGAAGCCUGCUAUAUCAUGACUCGGGCAGCUGGUGGCGGGACUAUUUUGGGUGGUUGUUAUCAAAAAGGAAACUGGGAGUCACAGCCCGAUCCGAAUCUCGCAAUCAGGAUCAUGAAACGAUGCGUCGCCAUCUGCCCCGAGUUGACUGGAGGCAAGGGCAUUGAGCACCUCGACAUAAUCCGACAUGGCGUCGGUCUGAGACCCGUGCGGGAAGGAGGAACAAGAAUUGAAAAGGAGAAAAUCAACGGUGUUUGGACGGUUCACAACUACGGUGCAGGCGGCGCCGGGUAUCAGUCGUCGUAUGGUUGCUCCAAAGCAGCCGUGAAAUUGGUGGACGAAGUUUUCGAGAAUAAGGCCAGACUAUGA